AUCUACUCGAAUUUCAAGUUUGCGAACUUGAACAGCCUACCGUAGCAAAUUGAGAGCAAUAUCCUCCAGCCUUUGGGGAUUCUAGUCACUUGGGCAUUCUACCGGGCUCGACAUAAAUGAGCCACGACACUGGAAAAAGAAAGAGAGCAGAGGAGAAUUGGGAUUUUCUGGAUUUAACCAUCUCAUCCCCUGUCUAUCAAACAUGGUCGCAGCCCGCUCACGCCGCGCCUAGUAGCAACUGUGACAUGUAUGGCGCUUUCCCUGCAUCGUCACAAGCUUCGUCGACGACGACCAGCACUAUAAAACGAGCCGCGACCCAACCUCCUGUACCUAACAUUUUGUCCUAUCAAUCUAGAUUCAGCAGUAAAAUCCAAGAACCAUUCAUGUCCGUUCCCACUUCGUCUGCCCCUCCAGCAAAAAGGAGACGGAAGAAAAAAGAUCCGAAUGAUACGCAGCCUGAAAAGAGGGGGGCAACGUUUAAAAAGAAGUGCCCCCAGAAUAUUAUGGAUCGGGUGAAUAGGGUCAUGUCGCAAAGGUUCUUCCUGCUUGAUAGGAAGCGAGAAGGUGGCCAACUUCGCGAGGAGUUUAGCGUCCUCGGCUCCACCGGGAACGUCUACACUGUCAUAAUUGACAAGGCGCCGUCAUGCAAUUGUCCUGAUGCCGCUAAAGGAAAUCAUUGCAAGCACAUUCUAUUUAUUUUCCUGAAAGUCCUUCAAGUCCCGCAAGAUACCGGUCACUGGUACCAAAAAGCCCUUCUCACUGCCGAGUUGGAAGCAAUCUUCUCUCAUGCCCCUCCAGCCCCGAACUCCCUGGCUCACGAACGUGUGCGAGAGGCUUACGCUCAAGCUACCGGAAAACCUUUAGCUUCCGCGAGGAGCUCCAAAAACGCCGCGGAUAGUACUUGUAUAAAUAAAAAGGGCCGCCUUCCGGGCCCUGAAGACGAUUGUCCUAUCUGUUAUGAAAACAUGCACGGUGCCAAUGUCGCCGCACUUGUCUUUUGUGAUAGCUGUCAGAAUGCGGUCCAUAAGGAAUGCUUUGGGCAGUGGGCUCGUAGUGCGACAAAUCUUACGUGCGUUUUCUGUCGUGCGUCAUGGACACAGCCCAGUAUUUCAGGUACAUCUGAUGCCAAUGGGUCCCGCCCCGGUGGUUAUAUCAAUCUCGGUGGAGUAGCCGGGUUAAGUCCCGAGCGUGACACCAGCACUUAUUAUCAUGGUGUAAGGCAUGGUGGGAGGCAUUACGGUUAUCAGGAGUAUGGCAAUUCGUUCUAAAUUUAGCGAUGCCUUGUACUUUUAUCGCCUCGAUACUUACCUCAUUCUAAUGUUGUCUCUUUCCCCCCGAUUUACUCCUUUCCUGAUCUGAGGCUGUUUCUUCCUCGUUCUAAUUUGACUCAAAUGGUAUCGACCAUCAUCCUUUAGCGUUAACAUCUCCUGUCAUGCUACCUCCACCUUGUUAAAAACACGCGCAAUGAGUAUGGUCCGUGUACACCCAGCUCUACACGGUGGCACGAUUGAUUGAUCGCCGAUCGUACACAUUCUCCAACCUGCUGUCGUUGCUGUUUAUCUGAUUCCCGACUUCGGCGAUGUGGAUAUGUUUUUACACGCAGUCUGUCCCGGUAUCAUCUAGAUUAUCUUGACCACGGCCAUCACAUGAAACGCGACGACCUGGUUGGACCAUGUAUAAAACCUACGAUGAACGUUGACACCUUGCUUUCUGCUUGGCAAUCACGAUGAUCCCCGCGCUCGUUUUGCACUGCCGUAUGGUGCC